CGCAUUUCGGCACUUGCAAAGUUCUUUGAAUCAAAGUUUCCAUCUUUCUAUCUCUCAGUUUUGUUUCCUCCAAGAAACUCACUCAAUUCGAAGCUUAAAUUUCGGAUCUUACUUACAGCUGUCUCCUAGAGGAGACCAUGAGCAGAGAUCACCCUCCUGAGCCUCUUGAUUUCUUCAUCUGGACUGUUGAGGACGUUGGAUCUUGGCUAGAGGAGAUCAACCUUGGGAGCUACCGCCUGAUUUUCAAAGAAAAUGGUGUCAACGGAGAGUAUCUUGAAAGCAUGUCUGUGUUCACAACCGAACAGAUCCUUCACUUCAUAAGAAGGCAUCACAUGAAAUGGGGAGACUUCAUCACUCUCUGUAAAGAACUCAGAAGGAUUAAAGUGGCUUGCUUGAAAGGUGAGCAGAGAGUUCGACGGCCAUGGUGGGCACCGUCUUGUCUCUCAGUAGUCUUUGUUAAGGCGGCUAAGCGCAACCGACAGUCUCGUGUUGUAUCUUUAAAGCUCGAGUCUUGACAUUACACUUUGGAUGUUUAUGUACGUACGUACUUGUCUUUCUUCUCUUCUAUGUCUUUUUUUUCUUUCUCUGGUUUGGGGUUUGUCUGUGGAGAUCACAUGUAAUAGGAAGAAACAAACUCAAGCCAAAAAUGCUGUUUGGCUUUGGUGAAAUCUUGCAAGGUGGGGGGGAAAAACAUUAUGUUUUUUUUUUUGUAUUUCGGUGUAUACAAAGUUUGCUCUCAGAUGUUUAAUAUAUUAUGUGACAGCUAAUAGUAUAGUAAUUUGAUUAUACAUAUGUGGAAAACCCUUGAAGAGAGAUGUGGCUUUGCUAUUCACUUGGUCCAGAUGUUC